AAUUAACUAAGGCGGGAAGAAAUUUAAUAAAAAGCUUCCGAUGUUUUAUUUUGGUUAUAAAAGGAGUCUGAUAUUAUUUUUUCUCAAGCGAAAAAAAAAUUAUUUCGUUAUUUUUGUGUUGGAUCCAAAAUUAUAUCUGUUUGCCGCUCUCCACCCACCAAAUCACCCGCUUCUUUUAUUUUCGUUCAGAAAAGAAUUCCAAAAGUAAGUUUUUCUCUGUAAUUAGGGUUUUUGAGCUUCGUUCGUCGUUCUUGCGUCCGGGUCAGAUUGUUUCGGCUUUCAAUUUGUGAAUUUUGAUCUGGGGCUGAUUGAAUCGCACUGUUUCAAAUUCUAGGGUUUGGGAAAUGACGUGCGAAGUGGUGGUAAUCGAUGGCCCAAGUGGCCAGAAAACAAAGGGUCAAGAUCUAGUGAACAAGACCAAGAAGCGGAAGAGGGGUAGCAAGGGCCCAGAAGAUUUAGGGGUUGAGGAGAAAGAGGCUAAGAUUGGGUUGUUUCGCAAAGAGCUUGAUGGGUUGUUUGGGUACUACAGGGAAGUGAUGAGUGAGAGAGGGUGCUUAGAUUUGAAGCAAUUUGGUAACGAUUUGAAAUCGGUCAUUGGGGCUUUGAUGGAAGAGAGUGCGCUGCCAUUGUCAAAGCUUGUUGACGAGGUCUUCCAGAAGCUCAAGAACGGAAAUGAUGCUUUCGGGGAUGUGACGUUGGCCACCGUGAAGAAGAUUGUGCUCUUGGUUGGCCAGAGAGAAAUGUACGGCGUGCCUAAUGCCGAUGCCGAUGUGUUGGAGGACGAAUCUGAAUCCUGUCUCUGGUGUUGGGAGACAAGGGAUGUAAAGUUGAUGCCAGCUUCCGUGCGUGGGGUAUUGAAUAUUAGGCGUACCUGUCGAAGAAAGAUCAAUGAAAGGAUUACUGCUGUUUCUGCAAUGAUAAUGGCAUUACAAAAGCCGGAGAGUGAUCAAAGCUACAUUCAGGAGCUGAUGAAGGCAUCGGAAAUGAUUGAUAAAGCUUCCUGUGAGGCAAAGAUUCGCUCAUUAAUGGAUCGCCUAUCACUGAAAAAUAGUGCAGACAUGGUAAAAAAGCAAGCAAAAAGAGAGGAGAAACUGCAAAUCAAACAAAUGGAGCGAGAUAAACGAGAGGCUGAGAAAGAGAAACAAAGAUUGGAACGUGAGCGUCAAAAAGAAGAGCUGCAAAAUGAGAAGGAGCAAAAGCGGCUGCUAGAGGAGUCAGAAAAAGUUGAAAAGCGUCGGGAAAAAGAAGAAUCUGAAAUAAGGAAACUACGGAGGAAGCAGCAAGAAGAUGCUGAAAAAGAACAACGGCGCCGGGAGAAGGAAGAAGCUAAACUGAAAGAUCAACUUUCCAUAAAAAAGCAAGCUUCAAUCAUGGAUCGUUUUCUUAAAAGAACCAAACCCAGCCCUGCAUGCCAGAAUGACCAAUUACCAACUAAAGGAACUGUAUCUAUUUCAUCAAGUAAGAACGAUGAAAAUUUGUCUGAGGCAGUUACUCAGUCAAUGGACCACACCCUUUCAUCUAAUGACAAAUUUAGUGCCCAGGAUAUCCGCAGGUCGCACUUGUCUUCUUGGCGCCAUUUAGGUCAUUCUAUUCGUUCAAACAGAAACCAAAGUUGGGGAAUACGUCGGAAGCCUAAGAGUGAGCUAUUUAAGGAACUCAAGCUGACAACCAGUAAAGAACUAGUUCAUGGUGAUGAUAGCAUGGAGAAACUUGUAGAUAGAUGGGGAGAACCUGUUGAUGAUGAGAGAUCAUGUCAAAUUCUUGCUGAGGUCAAGAAAUUCAAAUCAAGAAAGCAGUUGUUACAAUUUGAUAAGAGCCAUAGACCUGCAUUUUAUGGUAUAUGGUCCAAGAAAAGUCAUGUUGUUCGACCGUGUCACCCUCUUAGGAAGGACCCAGACUUGGAUUACGAUAUCGAUAGUGAUGAGGACUGGGAAGAGGAGGAUCCUGGUGAGAGCCUCUCUGAUUGCGAUAAAGACGAUGAAGGAGAAAGUUUAGAAGAGGGAUGUUCAAAAGCUGAUGAUGAAGAUGAAAGUGAAGAUGGUUUUUUCGUACCAGAUGGCUAUCUCUCAGAAAAUGAGGGAGUAGAAGUGGACAGGAUGGAAACUGAUAUCACAUGUGAGGAGACCAAAUCACCCAGUUGUAAGCAAGAUUCAGAGAGCGAGAAAUUCUCUUCUUUGCUUCGGCAGCAAAAGUAUUUAGGAAAUUUGACAGAACGUGCUCUUCAGAAAAAUCAACCUUUAAUCAUAUCAAAUUUGAUGCAUGAGAAGGCAUCUUUGCUAAUGGUUCAAGAUCUUAGUGGUACUCCUAAGCUGGAACAGAUGUGCUUGCAAGCUCUGAGUAUGCAUGUGUUUCCUGGUGACUCAUUGGUGGAGAUAACAGUUGAUGGCAUGCAAGAAGAAGACCCAGAGGUUUACCUUUUAAACGGCAAGUGCAGUAUUAAAUCAAGCUCUGCUGUGGCUGUUAUACCGGAAUUAGAUCUGCCUGCAAUAGUGUCUGUCAUUCAGUCGUGCUCCCAAAGUAUCAAUAAGGUGUUACAAGCUUUGCAGCAGAAGUUCCCAGCUGCUUCAAAGACUCAGUUAAGGAAUAAAGUGCGAGAGAUAUCAGAUUUUGUGGAUAACCAUUGGCAGGUCAAGAGGGAAAUUCUGGACAAAGUUGGCUUGUCAAUGUCUCCUGAAAAGAGUGCUGGGCUGCCCAAAAGUAUUACUGCCUUUUUUUCAAAAAGGUGCUUGCCACCCAAUGGUAAAAGCAUCAACCCUAAUGAAACCUCACCUCAGCAAGCUGUGAAGCCAGGUUCUGCUGUUGAAGGGCAGCAAAGUUGCACAUACGGAGACUGAUAGCAUCUUGUUUCUGUUGUUUAGGCUUGUAGCUUUGUUAGUUCCUAGUUUUGUUGUGCUAUAUGUCUGUUUUAAGCCCCAUAUUCAUGGCGUGUGUUCAAUGAUAUUCUGAUAUCUCUGAAUCGCAUGUGUAAAUUUUUUGUUUUAAAUAGUAAAAUAUAACGAAAUGGCUCUCCUUGUAGCACUGCACAAUAAAUUUUUAGAACUGUUGUUUUUGGUAUGAGUAUGGUUUUGGUGGUAAA